UUUGCAACUUUUUUCUCGAAAUAUUACCUGACUUUAACUACCAAAUAUAGUUCUUUACCUGAUAAAGGGUUAAGACUUUUGCACAGUACUGUAUAUGAAGAUUUUUUUAAAAUAUAAAAGGAGGGCUGAACCUUUUCGAGUGGAUCAAGCAGUAGAUUUUACCCAAAGCGACAUGCGUUUGAGAGUUAAUUCAACCAUAGACUGUAUAAAAUAGAAUACAACACACGGAAGUUGACAGGAAGUUGUCCUCUCUGUGGUCCCGCCCUCAGCCUGGCCAGAUUCCAGUUCCCUUAGUUCAAUAAUAAAAGUCUUAUCUGAAGUACACUCCCCCUUUACACAUGGCAGGGUGAUUACAUAAAAGGCAGCUCUUGCCUCAUUUUCCUAGAGCAAGGCAUUUGUAGAGACUGUAGUUGUAGAAGUCUGGGCUCUCUUUGGUGCUAAAAACCUAAAAAAAGAAGUUUACAAAAUGGGAACUUUCACAAAAAUCCUAUUUGCUAGUGUAUGUGUUGCUUUCCUAGCUGUCAAGUGGACUGCACCCAGUUUUAAUGCAGAGUCUCUCAGAGGAGCCAGGGUAUUGGUGACUGGUGCCAGUACGGGUAUCGGUGAACAAAUGGCUUAUCACUACGCCCGCUUCGGUGCUCAGAUAGUAAUUACAGCAAGAAGGGAGAAAGUGUUGCAGCAGGUUGCAGAUAAGUGCCUGAGUCUGGGAGCCCAGAAAGCGCUCUAUGUAGCAGCAGACAUGGCGAGCGAGUCAGACGCCGACAACGCCGUUGACUUUGCUCUGGAGAAGCUCGGAGGCUUGGAUUAUCUGGUUCUCAACCACAUCGGCCCGACUCCCUUCAGCAUGUGGGACGGAGAUGUGGAGCACACCAAGUGGCUGAUGAAGGUUAAUUUCUUCAGCUACAUUCAGAUGGCUUGGAAAGCUUUGCCCUCCCUUGAGCAAAACAAAGGAUCCCUGGUGGUUGUUUCAUCGCUUUUAGGUAGAAUGCAGACUCCCUUCGUUGCACCAUAUGCCUCAACAAAAUUUGCCUUGAAUGGUUUCUUUGGGUCCCUUCAGCAUGAGCUGGUUAUGAAGAAGAGCAAUGUGUCCAUCUCUAUAUGUACACUGGGGCUCAUUGAUACUGAAUCAGCUAUGGACAAAGUCAGGGGGAUCACUGAUGUCCCAGCCUACCCGGCAACAGACACAGCCCUGAACAUCAUCAUGACAGGAGCCACCAGGCAGCCGGAGCUCUUCUACCCCUGGUUCACCUACUAUGUGUCUCUGAGCAAAGACUUGUUCCCUUACAUCUCAAACUAUAUCAUCCAGAACUCCUACAGCCGCAUUCCAUGAAAUAAAGGUUCACUCUGUAAAUAUAAACUCCUCAAAAACAGUUUGGA